UGCUCAGUGGGUGAGGGUCGUUGGGGGUUUUGUUCCUCUUCUUUGCUUUUUAUAAAAAAGCGCCUCAGCCAAGUCGACUUCCUGCAAACGAGGCCGGUUGGGACGCUGCUUUCCCGCCACCCCGUCGGGUAGUUUUGUGAUGGAGCCAGCUCAUCAAGAUGAACACCUUCCCUUGCACUGUGAAGAUUUCUGUAGGAAAUAUGAACACAACAAGAAAGUGUCAGGAGCAAGUACAGAUAUUGAAAAACUUUAUGAAGCAGUGCCACAACUUGGAAAUACGUUCAAAAUUAAGGGGAAAAUUGGUGAAGGUACAUUUAGUUCUGUUUACUUGGCCAUAGCCCAGCUACGAGGAGGCCAUGAAGAAAAAGUGGCUUUGAAACACUUGAUUCCUACUAGUCAUCCUGUACGAAUUGCAGCUGAACUUCAGUGUCUUAUAAUAGCAGGGGGACAGGAUAAUGUCAUGGGAGUUAAAUAUUGUUUUAGAAAAAAUGAUCAUGUGGUUAUUGUUAUGCCAUAUCUGGAGCACGAAUCCUUUUUGGACAUCUUGAACUCUCUCUCCUUUGAAGAAGUAAGAGAUUAUAUGUUUAAUCUCUUUAAAGCUUUGAAGCGUAUUCAUGAUUUUGGCAUUGUUCAUCGUGAUGUCAAACCCAGUAACUUCCUGUACAACAGGCAACAGAAAGAGUAUGCACUGGUCGACUUUGGUUUGGCACAAGGAACUCCUGAGACAAAAAUAGAACUUCUCAAAGUUAUCCAAUCUGAAGCCCAGCAGGGAAGUGGCACAUACAAUAAGCCUCAGAUAACUUUGGAAAGCCAGGUUUCUGUGACUUCCAUAGCACCACCUAGACAGCUAGUUCAUCAGUCGGCUGCAAAAACUGCUAAUAAAAGGCCUUGUUCUAUGUCACAAACACAGAUUAAACAAGGACACAAAAGAAAGGAGGGGCCUGAGUGCCUUUCUGUUCAGCGUUCUGUAUUUGGAGAGAGAAAUUUCAAUGUCCGAAGUUCUGCAUUUCAAGACCGUUCCACAGUUAAACUCAUAAAGCAGUCCAGGGUGGCAGAUAUUGCAUCUAGAAAACUGUCAUCGAAGAAGAAGACAACUUCAACUGUGAAUAAUGGCUUAGCCAAGAAAGCUGCCAGCAGUUGUCCAGCUAACUUGACCUGCAACUGUUAUGCAAAAGAUAGAGUCUGCUGUGUUUGUCUUUCAAGGCGUCAGCAGGUUGCCCCAAGAGCUGGCACACCUGGAUUCAGAGCACCAGAAGUAUUAAUGAAGUGUCCUAAUCAAACUACAGCAAUCGACAUAUGGUCUGCAGGAAUCAUAUUUCUUUCUCUGUUGAGUGGCCGGUAUCCGUUUUACAAAGCAAGUGAUGAUUUAACAGCUUUGGCACAGAUUAUGACUAUUCGGGGAUCCAGGGAAAGUAUUCAAGCUGCUAAAACAUUUGGCAAAUCAAUAUUGUCUAGCAAAGAAAUCCCAGCGCAGGAUUUAAGGAAGCUCUGUGAAAGGCUGAGAGGAAAAAGUACCAGCAUUGACAUCUCAACAGGUGACAUACAUAUCAGUCCUUCUCAAGAACCUGCUUUACCAGUUGAAAUCGGCAAUACUUCAGAGUCUGUAGUUCAGACACCCAGAAAACACAUGAAGUAUCAGAAGCAAAGUUGUCAUGAAGGUGAUGGCAUAGAUAUUAGGACUAUGGAAAAGGCACCCAAUCUGAAAGGAUGGGACAAAGUUCCUGAUGAAGCCUAUAAUCUUCUCGAUAGACUGCUAGACUUAAAUCCUGCUACAAGAAUAACUGCGAGGGAUGCCUUGUUGCAUCCUUUUUUCAAAAAUAUGAAGCAAUGAAAAGACACUUGACCUCUGUAUUGUGUAUAUACAAAUAAUCCUAGAAGCAGUGGAUUUACUCCCAUAUCUUUAAAUGAAAUCAGAAUCCUGAGAGUGAUAUUGCUUCUACUUACUUGGUUUCAGAGCAUCGUGCUGCAACAGAAGAAGUAAAUGCAUUUCUGUUUGUGGAACAGACUUUUUUACGCUCUAUUGAGCCAUUUCAGAAUGCUUUUGAUUCUGUUGUACCCUCAAUGGUACACCUGCAGGUGUAUUGAACCCCCAUGGGCUAAUUCGUACUCUAGAAUGGUGCCAGUACCGUCUCUACACAUAGCCAGGAGCAAUGUCUGCAUGAGGUUCUUUUGUGCAGUGUUGAUCUUGACUUCUAGGAGUACAGCUUUUCAUUACAAUUCCUAAUAACCAGUGCAAAUGUGCCUUAGAUGGCUGCACAAUGUGCUGUGUGAAGGAUACCAAUAUGAGCUUGCGACAGAGGAAACAUUGACUCCUUCAUGUGUAUGUGUGCAUUUGGAUUUCCAGCCUCACAGAUGUAAAGGGGCUGAUAAGUAUGAGUGAUAACUUGUUCCUCUUAUUGGAAGACAAUGCCUUUUCCUUGGCCCAGUUCAUGCUGAACACAUUCAAGUCAUGGUGGGCUAUGGCUUUUGCUGUUGUGUGAACCUGAGGACAGUGGGUUAUGCAAGGGUUGUUUAACCGUCUCACAACUUACGAUCCUCAGCUUCAUAUGACAUGACAAGCCAUGGCCAGGCAUUAAAAAUGCAAGUCUCAUCCAGCACACACCAAAGCCCACUGUCACUUAAACAGCCCAUGGUGGGCUUUUUUGAUUGUGCAAACCAGGUCUCUUUCUCUUCUUGGUAGAAGAAAUUGAACAUUCUAAGGUUUUAGGUAGCACAUACUUUUUUAAAGGCUAGCUGCUUCAAGGUACAUCUUUGAACACAUUCAGUUUAGAUAUAAUGUGAAGUGACUAAACAUAGCUGCUGUAGCGGGUAUAAUAUCUCUUAAUAUCUAAAAUUCAAAGACUCUUUUUCCUUGCCCAACUUUCCCUUCUUCCCAUCUACUUAACUAUCAAAACUGAUGUAAUUUACAUGCCAUUAAUGGCCAUUGAAAUUAAUGAGGGCAUCCUAUAAAGGUUUGCUUUUGGUGAAUUAUUGAAGUAAUUAUAAGUGAUGACAGUAUAUUCUUGAAACCUUUUCUCUUAGGGAAUAUGACACCUUUCCCUCCCUACUCCAUAAACAUUUGGGAAGGGUACCAUUGCUCUGCGUUGUAUGUUUUAUAUAGUCUGUAUUUGUCUCAUGUAACAUGAAUAUUUUGUCAAUAUUUAUCAACCACUAGCUUACUAAUUAUUUUGCAUAGCAUAUAUGUCUGUCAGAACAAUUGUGUUAUAAACUUUGGUGGUUUUGCUAGAAUGAACAAAACAAAACAAAACUUUAUCUUUUAUAAAAGUAAAAAUUACUAUAUUGCGCAUAAACAAAUAUUGAUGAGAAAAGGUUUUCUUCAGUUUCUCUCCCCCCCCCGCCCACGCCGCUAUUUUGUUGUUUUGUUACAAACAAUACUUUUCAGGUAGACUCAUUACACUCAUACCCUCAUUACAAAACUAUUGUAUUACAAGAAAGUAAGAUAAUUAAGGGCACAAUGCAUAGGAUUGCAGACUGUAAUACUAGGUAUGUUUACUUCUAAGUAAACUGACCUCACUUCUGAGGAAAUGCAUAUAGGAUUAGGAUGCAUAUUAGUUCAAUAGUCAAGUUCAAAUAUUCAAUGCAUUUUCUAUAUCCAUCAUAUCUUGAGGAGAAGGUCAUCUACGCUAAAUUAUGUUGGAAUACAUCCCUGAACCCUACAUGAAAUACAGUCAUGGUAUCAGGGGUUUUGUGUUCAAAUGAACAUGGCGCAGCCUGGGGCAUGUGUUACAUUCACUGCAGUAUGAAAAGGCAAGGGGUACAUAUACCUGAUGAUCUUUUGUAAUAGAGGAGGGCUGCUUUUGCAAAAAAACACCUGCUAUACUAAAAUUUUGAUAAAGUUUCUUGUGAAAUCCUUUAUUCUUUAUAUUGAGAGAUGAAAUUAAUAAAGUUCAUUUUAGAGUAUUUCCUCAAUUGCAGAACUAUUUUCCCCCUAAUUUUUUGUUUUAUUUUUAUCAUUGAAAUGAAUGCAGGCCAAACUAAGAAUUACAUCGCAAGCACAUAAUUACAACUCUGGUGCUAUUCGUGAACCAUUUUUUAAACAAAGAUUAUUAAAUAUGAAAAUCAGCAGCAUAGCUCUAUCA